AUGGGAGGCUGCUCUGCCCCACAUUGUUCAAAUUCAACCAGUAUUGGCAAACAGCUGUUUAGGUUUCCCAAAGACCCAGCGCGUAAAAGGAAAUGGGUUGUCAAUUGUCGACGUGAUUUUGAGCCUACCCCUCACUCCAGACUCUGCGAAGACCACUUUGAACGCAGCCAAUAUGAAGAGAUUGCCAGAUCUCCAGCAGGUGGAAAGAAGCUGAAACCCAACGCAAUUCCAACAAUUUUUAGUGUUGUAGACCCCCCUUAUCCAGCCGUCAAUACGCCUUUCAUUAUGAUUCCACUUAAGCCAGAACCAGUGGAUAAAGACUUAAAUAUGGGGGACCAUGGCUAUGCAAGACGAAAUCCACUCCCAGGAAUGGAUGAAGAGGAUGGAGCUGGUGCCAGAGAAGACCAGCAGCCCUGCACCCAGUGUCAUCUCCUCAAGAAACAACUGGAGCAAGAGAUGCAAAAUUCAGCAAGGCUACAAAAAGAGGUUGAGGAUAUGAAAAAGCGUCUCUACCGCCUCGACCGCGUGGAAAAGGGCCUGCAGAAUUUCUUGUAUGAAGAUCAAAUCCGUGCUCUGUCACUCACUAAACGUUCUCGGCGCGCUGUCUGGUCUCUUGCGACGAUCCUUAAAGCUCGGAAAAUUCGCACGGCUGUUGGCACAAAGGGCUACGAGUACCUUCGUGAACUUGGGUAUCCUUUACCCUCCUACAGGACGCUGUGUAACCGACUGGAGACUAAAAUCAUGGUGACCACAGGCAUGAGCUGUGAGGAGCUGGCUGAGCUGGGGCUUGGCCUCAUGGCGACAUGUGACAGUCCCACACAGGGAGUUGGAGACAAUGAUGACGAACUAAUUGGUGUUUUGUCCUGA